AUGAUCUCUAGAGACCUGGCUGUGGGCAUCUUCUUCAUGUGUCAGACUGCACUGGGAAUGCUGGGUAACUUAGCCUUGCUCUGUUGUUUUAUCAUUGCUGACUUCUCUGGAAUCAGGGCAAAGCCCACAGACCUGAUUGUCAAACACCUGACCUGGGCCAACUUCAUUGUUCUCUUCAAAGGAAUCCCACAGACCAUUGUUGCUUUUAGUCAGACUUACUAUGUAGACUAUGUUUCAUGUAAACUUACAUUAUAUUUUCAUAGAGUUGGCAGAGGAGUAUCCCUUGUCUCUACAUCCCUUCUGAGUGUCUUUCAGGCCAUCAUCAUCAGUCCCACCAAUUCCAAGUGGGCACCGCUCAAAAUUAGAGCAUUGGGUAUCAUUGGCCCUUCUCUGAGCCUUUGCUGGGCCCUCCAGCUAUUGGUAUAUGCCUUCAUUCUGAUAUUCACAACUGACUUAAGGGGUGGAAGAAAUGUUACUAGAAUAAAAAUUUUUGAAUACUGUGUUGUUUUGAAGCCUCAGAGACCAAUCGACACACUUACUCUAAUCCUAUUGACAUCUAAUGAUGUCAUGUUUUUGGGACUGAUGAUGUUGGCCAGUGGCUACAUGGUGUUUAUCUUGCUCAAACACAAGCAGAGGGUCCAACACAUCCACAGAUCCCUGUCUCCUAGGUCAUCCCCUGAAACCAGAGCUACCCAAACAAUCCUCACCAUAGUGAGCAUCUUUGUGCUCUUCUAUGUAAUGUCUAUUAUCUUUACAGCUUAUCUGUUUGUCCUUGAAGGAACCAGUAAGUGGGUGUCUAACACAGGUGCAGCCAUGGCUGCAUGCUUCCCAGCAUUCUGCCCCUUUCUGCUCCUCAGACACUAUAGCUCCAUUUUCAGGAUCUGCUGUCCCAGUUCUUACCAGACAAUAUUCUGUGCUUGUGUUAUCAGAGAGCUCUAA